AUGGAUAUCCGCGUACUCCGAUCGAGCGACAUCCCCCAUGUCCAGCAGACCAACAUCACCAACCUGCCGGAAAACUACUUUUGCAAAUACUACAUGUACCAUGCCAUGAGCUGGCCGCAACUCAGCUAUGUCGCCGUCGAUGUGUAUCGCGNNCCCUCAAAAACACCCUACGACCCACCCAAGAUUGUCGGCUACGUUCUCGCAAAGAUGGAGGAGGAGCCCAGCGAUGGUAUCCCGCACGGUCACAUCACUUCGCUCAGUGUCAUGCGCACGCAUAGAAGACUAGGUCUUGCAGAGAAGCUGAUGAGACAGAGUCGUAUCUUCUCUCACGUACAGNAACGAGCAAUGGCAGAGACCUACGGCGCCAAGUACGUCUCAUUACACGUUCGUGUUUCCAACAAGGCCGCCCUCGCCCUCUACCGCGACACCCUAGGUUUUAAAGUCGACGGCACAGAGGCCAAAUACUACGCCGACGGUGAAGACGCUUACGGCAUGAAGAUGGUACUCGACCACCUGAAGCCCAAGCCCGGCGACUGGGACGACGAAGAUUUCAAAGAGGAAGAGACCAGUGGAGACGCCGACGAGGGCGACGCCGUGGGCUCGCUGGGGAAGAACAACGAGGAGCAAGAGCUGUUGAAGAAGGUCAAGGUCGGUCGUGGUCUCGGUGUCGGCGAACUGGUGGAGAAGAACGACUCUGCGGCAUGA